CCGACGAAGUGCAGAAGUGAACUUGGUCAGACACGAACAUGCUAUACUUACAACUUUGGUUCAUAGUGUUUUUUGGGCUAGUAGAAAAGAGUAUGUCUAUGCACCAAGAUCAAUUUUGUCAAUUAAAGGCGAUCCAAGAAUGUCUAUAUCCUUCUCUAGGGCUUUUGGAAGCUAUCGAAAGUGGAAAUGAACCUCUGUCGAUGAAAGAAUGUGACUUGCUGCAGGUAAGGCCAGCCAGUGUAUGUCCUAUUUCUAGCAACUGUUUUUAUACUCGCUAAAUGACGAAAAGUCACUGUUUUGGUUGUGGACCUGAUCUGCUCAUGCCUCUGGUCUGCUCAUGUUAAAUCUCUUUACAAUUAGAUUUUGUUUUCUACAAUAAAUUUUCUCUUCAACUAGUCUACAAUAUACUACAAUUAGACUGUUUUAAAUUUAGUUUUUUUCUACAAUUAAUUUGAUUUCUUCUCUUAAUAAAAUAACAUUUUUCACGUCAAUUUUUUUGAAUAUGCUUCAAAUUCUUUUAUUUCCCUUGUAUAUAUAUUACAGUUGGUUUGAUCUUGCUCAAUAUAGUUUGCAUUAAAAUUGUCCUCCAACAUAAGUGAAGCGGUACUACUGAAAUUGACAUGGCACAACAUCUAAACGCACCAUUAUAAAAAGUCUUUUGGACAAAGACAAAAGGAUUGGUGAAAUGCAGGGGCGUAGCCGACCGCUUUUUUCUCAUUUAAGCCCGAUUUGUAAAAGUCCUUUUGGCAAUGGUGGAGGGGAGGGUCCGAAAUUUCUGGCUAUGGCAUCAAGAGAUCUAAUGUGCUUGAUCAUUAUACUGGGCUGGACAUGAUUUUUUUUUUAACUGAACUCAAAGGUAUAAAAGAAUACACGGCUGACAUAGAUUUCGGAGUGCAGUACACGAUUUUUCGAUUUGCUAGGCGCUUAGAACAUGGUUCGAGUCAUCGAAGGCAAAAUUAUUUAGAAGUUGUUUGAAGGUAAGCAAAAAAACAAUCGAGUUAGCGGAUGUUCAAGUUACCGAGGGAAUAAUUACAGAAAAUGCAUGAAGGAAAUCCAGCGGAAAUCGAUUUUGGUUCGACUUGGAGAAGGUUCUAGUUAUCGGGAGUUGACUGUAUCUCUUUAGAGUCGCAGUGGACGCUGACCUGGAGAGGAGAAAAAUGAUGAGUUCAGUGGCGGCUUUCUCAGUUUUAAUGUCUUUUUUAACUGUUUCGCCCAGUGUAUCUCAGUAAGUUUGAGACAAAACAGAAGCAAGGCUAGUUUUUAGAUCAGUCGCCGAUUUUCAAGUAAACUGAAAUAAAGAACCAUUCUGAUGGAUUGGCUAGUUCGAGGGUGCAUUUUAACAUCGAUUAGUGAAGAAGUGUAACCAGGGCAUAAAAUUACCUGUUUUGCAUGAUCUACUUGGCUACUUGAUAUUUCAGGAAAGCAAACAAGGAGAAAAUGGUUUGUUAAAUGUUAUUUAAAAGAUGGUGUUGAAGGACAGAUUCAAGAGAAUUACAGUAGGUUCCCUAUAACUUAAACCUUCAAGGGUAAAGGGAAAUUGAAAAACGUUCGAGUUAUUGGGAGUUUGAAGCAAAUAACGAGAAAUAACGAAAGGGGAUGGGGAGGAAUGUAAGUAUAUGCAAACUUCAAUUUAAGGGCAAGAAGAGAUGUGCAACAAAACUUGAUUAAUCUUAAAAAGGUUACAUAUUGAAUUUGAAUUGGACUGACAAAAAAUUAAAGACAAAGACCACCGACACAGUUGUUUUGAAAUAAAUUCAAAGUUUUGGACUACAGUUCAUUGCUUUUUUUCACGAGCUGUCACUCCCAUAAAUGGUUCGGGAGGGUAAAAUUGUACAGAAAAGUUGAUCUGAAGAGAAACAAAUAAAAUUACUUCGAGUUGGUGGGAGGUUUGAAUUAGCGAGGUUCCGAGUUAGUCGACUAUAUGUGCCAAUUUUUUCAGUUUUACCCGCCCAUCAGGGCGACUACAACGAGUUCCAUUUUCAUGCCCUUUCACGAGAUUACACGAGCUCAUUUUGACCCAAAUUCUUGUUAAGCCCGACCUUAAUGGCUUAAAGGCAGCUACGCCCCUGGAAUGGUUAUCUUAUCCUGGCGAACGGAACUUUUAAAAAAAAAUACUACUUCAGUAUAUUACUAUUUGGGUUAAAUGGACUUUGGAAUUGCCUAUAACUGUUUGCUUAGGAGCUGUUAAAAAAAUGUGGUGUGACUACAAAUUUAUAAGAAUAUUCAUGCAUUGAAAAUAUUCUUAAUUCAAGGAAAUCCACUCCCAGGCUAACAAGUCACACAAGCAGUCAGUUGAAACACUUUCCAUUCUAACUAUACAACUACAGUUUAGCUUAUUAGCUUUUAAAUAAAUGUUUCCAUCCAAAGGUUCAUGCAUGUUGAAAGUGAGUCUUAGGCUAAACGUGGUAAAAAAUUCAAAGCUGUUGCUCAAAAUAAACAAGGAAGAAAACAAGAGAAUGGUGCAGUGUUUCACUUUUUAUCAUGAAUGAUGCAGUACUCAGCCUUUUCUUCCUCCUAUCUGAACGUCAGUCAAACCGGGAACCAGGCACGAACACCAGCUACUCAGGUGAUAUGUAAAACUAGGGGGGGGGGUGGUCUAUCUUCUGCAUUAUUCAAGAUAAUGAAAUGAAACGUUGGCAAUAGAUUUUUAAGGGCUUACACUUGACACAAUGAAUGAAGUUGAGAUGACGCUGUCGCGGAAUGAGUCAUGUUAUCGUAAAUGAUACCAAUCUUUUUUUCCAAUUACUUAGGCAUGACGCGUACUGUCCUGUUUUAAAAACUGUCCUAUUAAGGCUGGAAUCAGGGCAGUUUAUAGCCAAUCAGAUUUGAGAAUGUUUAAUGUGGUAACUGAUAAGGGCAGAAUAUCAAAUUAGAAGUUAUUUUUAUUGUCAGUCAGCUUGAAGGGCACAUGGUAAACUUUAAUUUUUUCCGGACAGAUUCGUAUCUAUCAGAAACCCAUAUGGGGUUGUUCAACCCCUUAUGGGUUUCUGUAUCUAUUUAAUAUUAUUUACUUAUUUGUUUAUUUUCACUGUUUAAACGCGCAUUCUUGGUACAAUAAAGAACCCUCUGUACACAGAUAAGGAGAUACAGAGGAAAAACGAAACAGUAGACAGUUUCACGUGACUACGUCUUGUGCACUGUAUUUGAGUCCAAAAACAAUGAAAUGGCGACCAUGUUGGUGGUUUGAACCAAUCCUGUGGGAGGCAAACCUUUUUUUCAUGCAACCACUUUCCUCUGUUCCAUAAAUUUUUACAGCUAGUGGCCUCUAUAGCGUAGAUACCAGUUCGAACAAUAGCUAUUUAAAUUGCGGGAAAAAGGGAAAUUUUUUUGGUGAAUGAAAAGAAGACAAAAACCUCUGAUUAACAUUUACCAUCAGUCGUCUAUAGGAAAUUCUAAUCACGAAAAAUUCAAUGCAGUAACAUCGAUUACGACAAAAGGAUCAGUAAAAGGCUUGUUUUGUUAUGUCUAACCCCUUGUUAAACGGUUUUCUGCUACUUUUUUGGUUAACUUCUUGCGUUUUAACGUCAGGUAACAUCUCGAGAAGGUAUCACUAGCUUGAGAAAAGAGACUUCUACGGAACAUUUUUGAACUUACCGGUAUUAGUCACUUCACUCGGAAUGAGAAUUCGAGGGAAGUGACUCAAAACCUUAUUUUUGCAGACCUCAAUUGGUUGUUUUUCCGUUCCUCGCUGUCCUGGAAACCUCUUAAAGGCCUUUCGCUACCUCGUUUUGACUGUGGGAACCACCCUAAAGAAAUCACAAUACGCAUGUCCCAAUCUCGACGUCGAAACCUUGGGAAAUUUUCUUGAUAAAGGUAGGUUUUGAAACCUGAAAUUGUAUUUACAUUUACAUAUUUAAAGUUUAGGUUUACCCUACAGGAAAUAUUCGGAAAAGUUCCUUACAACUAGUGGAGUACAACUGGUACAAGGCUUUUGUCCACUGAAAGUUAAAAUUACUCAAUUUCCUGGUGGAUUCCGCCUUAACACAUGUUUAAAGUUUAGGUUUACCCUACAGGAAAUAUUCAGAAAAGUUCCUUACAACUAGUGGAGCGUACGGCAAAAACUGGACAAUCUUGAUGUGCGGCCGUGAUCUGUCUGUAGAAAACGAAGCGCUUUUCAAAUGCAAUUUCACCUCAUAGUAGUUUCCAUCUUUUUAAAAACGUGUGUGAAAGAUCAUAAGGAUAUCUUCAGGCCGAUGGCUAGAAAAAAAAGGAUUUGUCUGAUUAGUAUAUGUCUUGAGGUGCUCCUGUUAGCGGUUUUGUAAACAUUUUGUUCUACUUAACCUAAAAGGCGAAUAAUUUUGAAACCAAUUGAGAUUCUUGAGAUUAACAUACUCCUACUCCUGUUACUCCUAUACUCCUACAUACGUUAAGCUGUAGCCUGGAGUAUUUUUCGCCCACCACUAUCCACGAACUCUCUCAAAUAGCUCGUCAAGUUGGUUCCAAAUCAAUACGAGCUUGGAUCCUCUUUCUUGAACUCUCUUCGUCAGUCAGAUCGACCUCCUUGUACCUGUUUUAGAUAACAUUGUUAACCUUUCCUUGGAAACUGGUAAUUUUCCACGAUCUCUUAAAUCUGCAGUCCUGUCCUUGCUCCUUAUGAAGCCUUCACUCAACAAUGAAUUAAUACGGAAUUUUCGACCAAUGUCCAACAUCAUAGUUGUGCAUGUCCAAGAUGUUUGAGAAAGUCGUCGCUUCCCGUCUUAUUUACUAUCUUGAGCUGAAUCACCUUGGUGAACCGCUCCAAUCUGCGUACCAACUCUUUCACAAUUGCGAGACAGCUUUUGUCCUCAUCCAUAACGGCUUAUUACGUGCCGUCGAUAACCGAUGUUGUGUGGUUCUGCUAUUACUCGAUUUAUCGACCGCUUUUGACAGUGUCGACCAUAAUUUAUUACUCAGUAGACUCGAAUCUAAGUUUUUAAUUCGUGGUAAAGCAUUGCAGUGGUUCAUGUCCUAUCUUUCUCAACGUUCUCAGUUUGACUGUAUUUUUCGACCUGGAUAUAUCCUUUUCUGCUGAAUUGAAUUGUGGCAAACCCCAAGGCCAGGUCCAGUCCUCUACCUUCUCUACACAUCACCUGUGGCUGACAUUCUUCGGCAUCACAAUAUGGCUUUCCAUCUUUACGCUGAUGACACCCAGUCGUAUGCUUGUAUGCUUUUCUUUCUCAUAAGUAACAUAAGUAACAUCAAAAAAUGCCUAAAUGACAAACCUUCAUGGAUGACUGCUAACAAGCUUAAACAGGCGAAACUGAUUUAUUUUCAUUCCAAAUACAAUCCACAGAAGUCUUUUAUCACACUUCACUUCGGUGCUGAUCUCAUCCAGCCCUCCCAACUUGUCAGGGACAUUGGUGCUAAUUUGACUGUACUCUUUCUAUGAUACCUCAGGUUAACUCCCACUGUAAGUCAGCUUUCUAUCAAAUGCGGAACAUUGCUGGCAUUAGGAAGUAUUUAUCUCCCAAGACCACGGAAUUGGUUGUCCACGCCUUUGUCUCCUCGAAGUUAGAUUUCUUUAAUUCCCUGCUUUAUGGCAUCCUUAAACGUCUGCUGCGGAAACUACAGUCCGUUCAGAAUCCUACUGCGCGCUUAGCGACAUCUUCUUCAAAAGUGGACCACGUAACUCCUCUAUUGAUGCAACUGCAUUGGCUCUCCAUUGCCGAACGCAUUAAAUUUAAUUUAAGGCCUCCACGACCUAUCGCCUUCCUACAUCAAAGAACUCCAUACUUUGUAAUGUACUGCACACAUGCUUCGAUCAUCAUCUACCUUGCUUUUAGACCGGACUGAUAAUAACAUGAAGACUUAUGGUGACGGGGCGUUCGCCAUCUCCGCCCCUGAACUUUGGAACCAGUUAACUGAUGACAUUAGGUGCGGUUACACACACCAUGGUAAAAGGUCUUUCCCGUGGUAAAUCUUCCGCGGUGAAUUUUUACUCGGGUAUACUUUACCAAGGUGACUUGCGGUACACGUGAAUUUAUUUACCACGGCUGAUUUUCGUUUUCACGCAAUUAUUAUUAGCAGCAGGAUUAGCUCACAAGUAGAGUGCUUGACUGCAGAGCGGGAGAUCGCGAGUUCGAUUCCCAGGGCCGGAGCAAUACUCAGGGACUUAAACCCGGGGGUGGGUACUCCCUAAUAUAAGCCUUGUAGGUAGGUACCACCCCAACGGGUAGGGCUUUUGCCCCUUUUUGGUCUACUGAAAACGGGUAUAGAAUUUGCUCAUUUUGGUCUGGUUUCGAGGGAGCUACGGGAGUGUAUGAACGUAUUUAUUGUUUCGUCCAACGAGUAAGAAAGAGAGAGAAAUAUGCGAAUUCUAAAUGGAUUCGAAUAUUUUUUUGCUUGCGCUAGAUCUGGGUAUUCCCUUUAAAACUUUCCCUUUUCAUUUGCAACCAGAAAAAAAAAGUUUAGUUUCUGUAUAUUAAACGCGAAGCCAUUUACAUAUCUUCUCUCAUGACUUGAAAUAAUUAAGAUUACGCCUGACUUAACCACAAAACUAAAACGAGACAAAACUUGUAAAAAUUACCCAGGCUCAAAUUGGAUGCAGCUACUGAAAGCAAGUGAGUGAAGUCAGAACUUUUCCUGUACUCUGCUGUAAAAGCCUGUAUAUGCAACUUUCACUUUCGUUGAAUUCCAUGGCGAAGAUUUCCUCAGCCCAAAACCCAAGAAGGAUCUUGAUAGCAGCUGUAUUUCAUUUUGUGGCGGCAGUGGAGGAACACGAAUAGUUGAAAAUUUGAAAUGUUAAAAGAUUUUCCCUGUAGUCCGCCGUCCGUUUACCGCUCUUCGAUCAUCACAAGCACAGCGCACUUAUUGAUACCAAAGUCCACUCCAAAAUCAUUGCUGAAUGUUCUGACGGUCUGCACAAGAGAAUCAUUUUCUCCUUCACCCCUGCCAUAAAUCUUCACAUCACAGGCAUUAAACAAUAAAUGAUUAAUUUUUCCUUCUUCUUUGUUGAGUUGGAAUCCAGUAGAUGCCUCUUGUAAGAGACGUGGGAGUGGAGAAAGGAAAUCACCCUGGAAAAUUCCUUUUUUAUCAAUUAUUAUUAUCAAUAAAAUGUCCAUUUGUUUUUAUUAUUAUUACUGUUAUUAUUAUUAUUAUUAUUAUUAUUAUUAUUAUUAUUAUUAUUAUUAUUAUUAUUAUUAUUAUUAUUAUUAUGUACAUGUCGCACACCUAGAGGUGGCCUUAUUUCCCAAAGCAUCAAGCUAUCUCCUAUCACGGCAAUGCAAUGAUCCAAUUAUUAUUAAUGUAAGUAUUAUUUUCAUUAUUAUUAUUAUUACUAUUACUAUCAUUAUUUUCAUCAUAGUUUUAAAAUACUAUGAUUAUUAUUUUAUUAUUUCGUUCUUAUAGGUUACAGUGUGAAAUGCGAAGACAACAAAAGCGUUAAAGACAUCUGUGAUAGAAGCUGCAAGUGUAAGAAUGGAAAACUAGAUUCUUGUUAUAGAGUUCGAAAAGAGUUUACCAAAAUGAGCCUGGAAGAACGAACUCGCUUCAUAAAAGCUUUCAAAAUGGUUUCGUCUGAUCCAAGAUAUAUAAGGGAACAUGAGAGAAUAGGAAAAGUGCAUACAGUUAUACCAGCCAUGGAAACCUUUUUCCCCUGGCACAGAUGGUAUACGCUGGAGUUAGAAAAUCUUCUUCGCCAGGUCGACUGCCGGAUAACAAUUCCUUACUGGGAUUGGUCUAAAGACGCGGAGCACUGGACGCGAGGGUCUGAGAUCGAGGAUACAUGGAAUGAAGGUCCUCACGGUCUGGGGGGCAAUGGAGUCUUUCCUUUAGGGUGCGUAAUGAAUGGUCCGUUUAAAUAUGGUGAAUACUCUUUACCUCAAACUAAUGGAGAUUGCUUGAAACGGAAUUUUAAUUAUUCUUGCAAACUGCCAAAUGCAGAAAAGAAAGAAAACAUCCUCCAUGAAGCAAAUUAUACUGUCUUUAGGAACACAAUUGUCAAGCAUCACCACGGGCCAUUUCAUAAGUGUGUUGGUGGCACCUUAGCCUUUUAUGUGACAGCCCCAUACAGUCCGGAAUUUUGGCUCCUCCAUAGUUAUCUUGACAAACUCUGGGUUAAAUGGAAAAGGAGGAACGAGGGUAGUCAUUCCGAUUUAAGAGAUUCUACUAAAAUUAUGGUAAUGACUGGACACCAUCCCUGGGAGUAUCAUGAUGAAGACCACUUACCUGGUGGUGUAAAGAUAUCUUAUGAAGAGUGA